CCAAUCACACACACUCAGUAUACUUGUGUACGUACACAGACGCAGUCAGGUAAAUGGGAAAACGAACAUUAUAACACCAGUAUAACGAAAACAUAUAUUGAACGUGUUCAAACUGUCAAACAUGGCGGAUACCGAGAACCCCUUGGCGAAUGGGUAUGUCAAUUACAACGGGAACGGGACACAUGCUCCAAACGGUACAAUCAGCAUCGAGGGACUGACCCAGGACACGUCCAGUUCGGACGGUAAAGUGGACGAUGCUGACCGCGUGUCCAUGUCGUCUGCCAAAAGGUCCAGUGAAGGGAGUCUAAGAGGAUUGCCUGCAUUGCCCAAAGAUUCUGAACUUCCAGCACUUCCGGCCCAGCCUCCCAGGAAUAUAGAGAAACUACCACCCAGAAUGCGGCCAAGAAACAUCCAAAAUGGAGCCAAAUUUAUUCCGGAAAAAGAAAUCACCAUUCCUAGCGAUGGAAACAUAUCUGGAUUUUGCGUUGAAGAUAUGACGACAUUUUUUAAACACAUGGGACUAUCAGACAGAAUAGUGAAUCAUUUAAACAAGAAAUCAGUGAGUGGAAAGAGAUUCUCAAAAUUUACAGAUUCGGAGCUAGAAACAAUUGGUAUCAACAAUCCAAUAUUAAGACAUUUCCGCGACAAAAGUUCUGUCUCAAGUUCUAAGAAACGACUGCCUUUCAUGUUAUAAAACAGUUUAUCAUCGUUAAUCUCAACUACAGAAGGAUUGUCUCGAGUUCCAAGAAAUAUCUGCUUUUCAUUUUGUGCAGCAGUUCAUUACCACACUUCUCCACGGGUGAGGUGUUGUCUCCGGUUCCAUGACAUGUCUGCCCAUGGUAGAAAAAGACGUUACGUCACUUUUCCCGGAGAGGGAAAUGUUGCAGCCAUUUCUGUGAAAAAACACCAUUUGUGUUGUGAAGUAUCAAAGCAUUUGUAUGUAUACAUGUUUCGCCUCAAACAAACUCAACAAAAGGGUGCCUUAUUUUAAAAAGCCAGUCACACUUAUUGGAUAAUGGUAAUUCUCCUAUAAUAUUGGAAGAUAAAUGAUUUGCCAUGUUCCACAAGAUGCCAGUUUUCGUAAUUUUGCUCUGUAUAUAGAUUGAGCUCAGUCGUUUAGUUUGGGAUCAGCUGUGUACACUUUGAUGUACAUUAUUGAUAAAACUCCAUGUUAACUUCCACUCCCUGUCCUGAUGUUGUGUUACAUGUGCGUGUAUAACCACGAAAAUGUAUAAAAUCAGCACAGUGUCUCGUAAAAUGUAGGUGUAUAUGUGGAGCCAAGUGGUAAUGCCCAAAGUGUUGAUAAUUAUGGUAAUUUCAUUUGUAAUAAAAUAGAGGGGAACAUCAUUUUUCAAGAUCUUAAUGUAUGACUUGAUAUACAUGUAUAUUUUUUCAAUGUUUUUGUUCCGCAUUUUUUUGUCCUAUUUAGCAUGACGCCCCUUAACAUUGACCAUUUAUUAUCGACAUAACUGGAAUUAUGUUGUGUAUUAUAUAGCACACAUUCUACAAACAUCCGUUAGCAAGGCUCCCGUGUAACAUGGAGUUGACCCGUGUAAUGUGUAGUUUACCCAUGUAAUAUGAAGUUAACCCGUGUAAUUUUGCGUUUACCCGUGCAAUGUGUAGUUAAUCCGUGCAAUGUGGAGAUGAUGCGUGUAAUGUGUAGUUUAUCCGUGUAAUGUGGGGUUUAUCCGUGUAAUGUGGGGUUUACCCGUGUAAUGUGUAGUUUAUCCGUGUAAUGUGGGGUUUACCCGUGUAUUGUGGGGUUUACCCGUGCAAUGUGGAGUUGAUCCGUGUAAUAUGUAGUUUAUUCGUGAAAUGUGGCGUUUACCCGUGUAAGACAUCUCUGUGCAAUUCUACAUAUUAUACAUGUUACUCCAUUGUUAUAUUGUGUUGAUACACACCGAAUGGUAUUAACAAUUAUAGAAUAUAGGUAUAUAACUGUACAUGUAUGAUAAAUCACAAGAAUACUAAUUACCGAGGCAUUUUUUCACUGUUUCACAUCUCUCACGAAGGAGGGCCACAUCUCUCCAGAAAAAAAUGUGGGAAUCGGUCUUGUGAUUUUAUUAUGUAAUCAACAUGUUAGACGGUGUUGUCUGUCAUCUACAAUAUUUCAUGAUGACUCGUAUAGCUGUCACUUCAGUUGUCAUUGAUGCUUUAACAUAACUGACCUGAUUUCUUCAAAGUUCUCUAACUUAUCAUAGGAGAGUAUUAUUGGAUUUAUGAAAACAAACCUUUAAAUUCUCCAAUGCUUUCCUACAGUAAAUUUUAAGUUGAAGAAUGUCCUUAAGUUUAGGAACAUUGAUGAAACGGGUCAGAUAAAUCAUGAUAUUCCUUACUGUACAUAUCGGCAAUAUAUGUUUACAAAGUUAAGCUAGUAUGUGAUAUAUUAAUCGACCACCGAUCAAUAAUAGUGUCAAAUUGUCGUUUUAAAAAAACAUGUUACAACAACUCGUUCCAAAAAACAGAGUAUGAUCCCAUGUAAGAGUAUGCCAAAUCAUGAUAAAAUUGUCUUUAUUUGCUCUAUUUUGUAUUAAUUAAAACUGGGUAUAUAGUCUGCUGACUAACAUUGGGUAUAUAGUCUGCUGGACUAACAUUGGGUAAAUAGUCUGCUGGACUAACAUUAGGUAUAUAGUCUGCUGGACUAACAUUAGGUGUAUAGUCUGCGGGACUGAUAUUGGGUAUAUAGUCUGUUGGACUAACAUUAGGUGUAUAGUCUGCUGGACUAACGUUGGGUAUAUAGACUGCUGGAGUAACAUCGGGUAUAUAGUCUGCUGGACUAACAUUGGGUAUAUAGUCUGCUGGACUAACAUUAGGUGUAUAGUCUGCUGGACUAACAUUAGGUGUAUAGUCUGCUGGACUAACAUUGGGUGUAUAGUCUGCUGGACUAACAUCGGGUGUAUAGACUGCUGACUAACAUCGGGUGUAUAGUCUGCUGGACUAACAUUGGGGGUAUAGUCUGCUGGACUAACAUUGGGUAUAUAGUCUGCUGGACUAACAUUGGGUAUAUAGACUGCUGACUAACAUUGGGUAUAUAGUCUGCUGGACUAACAUCGGGUAUAUAGUCUGCUGGACUAACAUUAGGUGUAUAGUCUGCUUGCUAUCAUUAGAUGUAUAGUUUGCUGGACUGAUAUUGGGUAUAUAGUCUGCUGGACUAACAUUGGGUGUAUAGUUUGCUGGACUAUGACUAUGGCCCUAUGAUUUUACUAAUGGAAUUAAAGAAGUUUCAAUAUUCCUCAGUAACAAGGAUAGGGCAGUUAUACGAACGUGAAAUUCGGGGUCCUAUACAAAUUAAUGUUAAAUUGACAUGUAGUUUAUUUUUCUAAUCUAUUUGUAUAAUAAUGAUCUGUAGUACAUGUAUGUACUGACGAGUUGUAUAUCAUAAAUCCAGUGAACUAUUUGGUAUGUGGUAAUGAUGGAUUGCUAGAGAUGCGUGUCGAAUGUUAAUCCGUACGUAUGUACGUGUAGGUGUACCAGAUGUAUGUGUUGAGAUGUAAUACAAGUAGGUCACGUACGUUUAUGAAAUAGAAAAGUGUGAUGCGUCAUAAUCAAAAGAUGUGUGAUAUUGCCUUACUCUGAACAAUGUAACAGGUAUGACACUAUGGAACAGUCGCUAUACAACAUGUAUGUUACCUACAACAGUUUCAUGUAGGGUGUAUGGUUGAAUCAUACACUUCUAUCAAUCUGUGGGUUUUUGCAUAAUUAUGCUCAUGACGAUGAACUCUUUCUUACGCAUCGUUGGUUCAAUUGCGAAGUUUCUGAACACUUAAGUAAAGUAUUCUGAUCAGUUGUGACAAUCUUGUGAUUUUUCACUGAUCUAGGUCAAUGUUAUAAUUGCUAUUAUUGUUUCACUGAUCUAGGUCAAUGUUAUAAUUGUUAUUAUUGUAGAAACAGAGUUCAGAAUGUAACGACAAACAACGUUGUGAUUAAUUACGUUGCGUUUUCGUUGAGUUCACGUCCUUGGUGUAAUCAGAUGAACGCCAAAUAUUAUUCCAUAAAGACAAAAAACAUAAAAACUUGUUAUGUUAGUCAAUGUGAAUUAUGCAUUAAUGUCUACGUUUCAUGCCAUAUUACAUGUACAACAGGUAUAGCUGGUAGUUAUCCAGCCAAUAUUAUCGAUAAUGUAUUCAGGAAAAAAACAAGUCCGGUUGUUAUCAAUAGUGUAUUGUAUCCAGGAGAAAUCUUGGUAGGAUAUUAUCAAUAAUACAUUUUAUCCUAUCAAAAUUAGUUAGAAUAUUAUAUUGUUGAUAUAUCUUAUCAUGAACACUAGUUAUCGAUAAUGCUUUGUCAGAUUGUAUGCGGGAUAAAUCAAUUAUCAUCAAUAACAUAUUUGAUUAAGACGUUAAGGUUAGUGUACAAUAAGGAGGUUAUCGGUCAGUAUACUGUGAUCUGCAUUGUUCUUUGUCACACACGGUCUGGAGAUCAUGGUCUCAUAGUCACGUGAUACAGUAGAAGGAAUGAGAAAUGAGAAAUAUAUUUGAGGAAAUGUACACUUAUAAUUUAUAUGCAAAUAUUUAAUAAUAAAAUAAAUAAAUGAU